UUAUGUCUUUUCUGAUUUUGUUUCAUUCCGCUAUUUCGUUCUUGUCGCACUCUCAGCUUAGUGGCAAUACCUUUAUCUCUUGGAAGACGUUGGGACUUCUACCGUUUCUACUCAAUUAAAAUGCGCACAUAAAAUGUCAAAUAAUUGACGUCUGCUAAAUCGCAUAAAUUCAGCUUGAGUAAUUAAAUUUGAUUUUUGAGUUUCUCUCGGACAAUAAAGAAAAAAUGACUACUCAACCUUUAAUCUUUGUUGAGGAAGAUGUUGAGAAGGGUGGUAAGGAACAAGCUGAACAUGAAAUACAAAAUGAUUUUGCAUACAGGAACAAUGUUCAUAAUGCAGACAUCAAGAUACGAAUGGGUUUCUUGAGAAAAGUUUAUGGAUUGUUGAGUAUUCAAUUAUUGAUGACAUUCGCAAUUGGUGCAGUAUUCAUCUUGAAUUCAUCUGUCAAAUUAUAUGUGCAGGAAAAUUCAUGGACCAUAGGCUUGGCAUUUUUCUCAACACUGGGAAUUUUAAUUGCUUUGAUGAUAAAGAGAAAAGAUCAUCCUGCUAAUUUAAUUCUUUUAGGUGCAUUUACCCUGACACAAGCAUAUACAGUUGGAGUUAUGGUGUCUAUGUUUGAAGUCACAAUUGUCUUGGAAGCUCUAUUCAUUACACUGACAGUUGUGCUUGGUCUAACAGCUUAUACUUUUCAAUCCAAACGUGAUUUCUCAUUUUUGGGAUUUGGAUUAUUUAUUGGACUUUGGUGCCUCUUACUUGGUGGAUUAUUUCAAAUCUUCCUUCAGAGUACCGCAAUGGAACUAGCUAUAAGCGUUGGAGGUGCAAUACUGUUUUGUUUGUUUAUAGUUUUCGACACGCAAGCAAUAAUGCACAAUCUUUCACCGGAAGAGUAUAUCUUGGCGACAAUUAAUCUUUACUUAGAUAUAAUCAAUUUAUUCUUGCAUAUCUUACGAGCUCUUGCAAUUUCAAAGCAAUAAGUUUAUUUAAAAAAAAAAAAGUAUUGCUUAUAUAAGAAUAUGAAGUUUUGAUUAUUUUAUUUUAUAAAUCUUAUGUAUGCGAGAGUUCUUCAGUAUGUAAUAAAGAUAUUUUUUUUUUUAAAUAGUUUUAGCUCUUAAUGUAAAUACUCUAUAUAUAUAAUAUAUAUAUAU